CGGGGGGGACCGGAACCCUGGGCUCCUCCAGGGCCGAGCAGCCACAGCGCUUUGUAUCGGCUGCUGCAGGUGCUGAACUCGGAGAUAAGUUAAGUCGUAGUGCUUUGCAGCUCUCGUGACGUUCCGUACCUUUUCCCGGCUCUGUUGAGGGAAGGAGAUGGCUCAUCCUAUCCCUCUUCCGUUUCCAUGCCCAGUCCAGCUUGGAAGUAUAAAAGGGGACUCCCUGGAAGCCGAGCUGCAUGACUAUGUCAGGGAAGGGAACUAUGUGAAAGUGAAGAAGCUUCUGAAAAAAGGUGUUUUGGUUGAUGCCGUGAAUUCCAUGGGCCAGACUUGUCUCUUCACUGCUGCCUUGCUGGGUCUCAGUAAAAUCGUGGAUGUGCUCUUGGAUUACGGCUCGGACGCCAAUCAUCGCUGUCUCGACGGGAGCACCCCAGUCCAUGCAGCUGCUUUCUCAGGAAACCAGUGGAUCCUCAGCAAGCUACUGGAUGAAGGAGGUGACCUGAGAGCCCAUGAUAAAUAUGGGAGAACUCCUCAGCACUGGGCUUUGUUAGCUGGGAAGGAAUGCAGUGCCCAGAUGCUGGAAUUUAUCCAGCAGUGUACACUGCACAUGCAGGCUGCCAUUCAGAAUUUCCCCUCUGAUCUGCUCAGGAAAGUUGGCUCAUCAAAGGCUCUGGUCUCCAGCCCCUCGAGGUUUGGUGGCCUUGUCCAGGGAAACAUUGACAGUGCUUUGGGUAGAUUACUGAAAGGAGAGGCCAAUGUAGCCAAGAACAUUUACAGCUUCGGUUUUGGGAAGUUCUAUCUUGCAGGCAAUGGGCACCUGGGCUACUUGGCAUCUCUCCCAAUUAUUGGGGAGAAAGAAGUGGUUCAGGCAGAUGAUGAACCAGCAUUUUCUUACCACGUUGGGCCGUUCAUGAUCAUGACCAACCUCGUGUGGGGAGGCAGCAGAGUGACAGUGAAGGAACUGGACAUCCAGCCCCCUCAGCACAGCUGGAAGCUGCGCUUGGCCGACCUCCUCCUGGCAGAGCAGGAGCACAGCAGCAAACUCCGCCAUCCUCACUUGCUCCAGCUCAUGUCUGUUUGUCUGUCCAGUGACCUGGGGAAAACCCGUUUAGUGUAUGAAAGGGUUCACUUUGGCUCCCUGUACAGCAUCCUGCAUGAAAGGCGUACAGAGUUCCCAGUGCUGCAGACAGAGACCAUCCUGCACGUGCUGCUGCAGGUCAGCGACGCCCUGCGCUUCCUGCACUCCCGGGGCUUCAUCCACCGUUCCCUUUCCUCCUAUGCCAUCCAGAUUGUCUCUGCUGGGGAGGCAAAGCUGUGCAACUUGGAGUACAUGAUACAGAGCAAAGACAGUGGAGAACACAGUGAUCUGACCCGAAUUCCUGUCCCAGUCCAGCUGUACAGGUGGUGCUCUCCUGAAGUUGUCCUUGAGACGACUGUCACAGUCAAAUCAGAUGUUUACAGCUUCUGUGCAGUGCUGCAGGAGGCCUUGACAGAGAGCCCCCCCUGGAAAGGUUUUGAAGACUCAGUUAUUAAGCAGCUCAUGAUUUCAGGGGAGCAGUUGGAAGCAGAUGUCAGGCUGCCUAUGCUCUAUUAUGAUGUUGUGAAGUCAGGGCUUGAACCUAAACAGAGGAACCGCUCCAUGAAGCUUCAGGAUAUUCAGUAUAUACUGAAAAAUGACUUAAAGGACUUGGUUAAAUCUCAGAGUGGUCAUGCUGAUGACAUAUCAAAAGCAAGAAGACCUGCUGUUUUUGCAGACGUGAACAUCUGUUGGGCAUCAGCUUUUAGCUGCCAGAGGAGAACAGUGGAAUUCCAGGAAAAAGAAACAGCCACGGCUGAUGGCUCUCCUGCCCCAAGAGACCCUGUUUUUCGUGAGGUGAACAGGGCUUUGGUGGUCCAAGAGGCAUCAACCAGUGUGCAGCCAGUUGCACAGGACAAAAGUCCUGAUGUGGCUUCUGAAGUCCAGACAACCCCCAGUGAGAGCGACGUGGAUGAAAGUCUGUGUAGCUUUGAAAUCAAUGAAAUCUUUGCCACUUAUCCAGAAAUUCACCAAGACUUCCUGGAAGGGGGAUCUGGGUUAGAUCAAACUCUAAAGGAUGCAGAAAAGCAGCAGAAGGAAGAAGAUAAGAGUCCCCUGGGAGUCCUGUCUGUGUCCUCUGGAGCAUCCUGUGAGGAUGAGGAGGACAGUGACUCCUCGGAGUCGGGCAGUGAGUUCACUGCAGAGGAGGAGGUGAGUGAGGCCUCUGACCUGGCACAGAGGAGAGGAGAUGCUGGGAGAAGAGGGAACAGUCCUUCCCCAAAUGAACAGCACAUCAGCAAGUGUGUCCUUAAUAUAAAGAUUAUUCAGAGCAUGUUGCAGCAGGCAGCAGAUUCCCUGUGCAGGACAGAGGAGAACCUGGACAGAUUAAAGGCCAUUGGGAAGCAAAAGAAGCUGCUCCAAAAAAUCAGAAUGAGUCAGCUUUCUAAGCAGAGUUUUCAAGAAGGACACUGUAACAGGUCUGAUGAUGCUUCCCAGAACACCAAUCACCCUUUUUGGGGAGUGAACACAUUUUUACCCAAAGCUGUGGGUCCACCAUCCAGUGACUGUAUUCCACCCCCCAUGACAUGUCAGGCACAAGAAGUGUUGGGGGAAGACAAUUUCCAGGCUGUUCCAAAGACAGCCAGGGAAACACAGGCUGUUCAAAAUGAAAAGAGGAAGAGUAAAAUUGAAAACAACCAUUGUGAUCUCGGCUGCAGCAUGAGGAAUAGCCUGGAUGAUCAAAUGAACCUAAACCACAAGCAUUUACUCCCACGUGGAUCUGCAAGAUGCCAAAAAAAGUUGAACUUGCAGUGUCAGAGAGGAGCUGAUUCACAUCCUGCAGCAAGAAGUGAAGAAUGGAGAUGGAGCUAUUCAAAGCCAAGAUCUGAAUUUUACAGCAAAAAAAUAACUGAGGAGAGGAGGAUGAUGCAACCAGACUGGAGGACUGAAGUGAAGCGAAUGGCCAGAAGAGUGGCCUCAGGAGAGCUGGAGCUCAGCUGUCCCUGUCCAGCCAGUGAAGGGACAUCUGAGAGUGAAGCAGAGAGUGCAAAGGAACCCUUCCAACACGUCACUGCUAGAGCCCAAAAAAGACAAGCCCAACAAAGAUGUAUGUGGCAGCCAGGGGAUGAUGUUGUGCCCUGGAAUCCUGGCAGGGAGGAGAGAACUGAAUCCGAGGAGAGUGAUCUGGAAUCUGCACUCAGAAGUUCUGCAGGGAGGAGGUGCCAGUUGCCAUCACAGGAUGAACAAGCAGAGUCUGGAAUAGCCAUUCAUAAGAACUCAGUCCUUCCUCAACAAGUUGAGAAUCUCUCUAGGGGACAUUCGAGGGAAUUGCAUUGUUCCCUUAGUUCACCUCCUGAUGUGUCUGAAGAAUUCUUCACUCCUGAUUAUUUCCUUCCUCCUGAGGGAAGUUCAGAACUAGAGACUUCAGAUACUGAGGGCAAAUCAGAAGAUGCUUGUGAAGGACUUUUACAGAAACUGCCUAAAGAUGCAAAAUCAAGUGUUCAGACUUCAGGAGGAAAAAGGCUGUUCUGCAGCACAGGAACACAGAAGUGUGGCAGUAACAAGCUGGGAGUGAAUCGACUGAGCCAAAUGCCUGUAGUCAGUGUUGAUGCAGCACGAGAAGCGAUGCUGUGGGAGCCACAGGAAGGAUGCCAAGAAAAAGAUGUAUCAGUGGCAGAUAUUCAGGAUUUGUCCAGUAUCCCCUGUGAGCAGGAGAACUUCCAGAGGGAUGUGGAGUGUAAAACACCCAGGCUGAGCCAUGCACCGACCAGUGUCAGCACUCCCCUUGGCUCAGAGGCCUCCUCCACAAUGUUCAAGACAUUCACUACAGCCUAUGAAGGGGAAAGGAGCAUGGAAAUUCCAGGGGCUGCUUCAAGAGUUUGCCAGUUUGAACUGAAAGAGCCUGCUGGGUUGCCACCAGUUGUUCCAUCCUUGAGGAACACCAGGCAGGCACCUGCACUCUCUGAGGCAUCUCAACCCUCCAUUGAUGAGCUGCCUCCACCAGUCCAAGAGCUGCUGGAUGAGAUUGAACUCUUAAAGCAGCAAGAUUCCAUCACUCCAGACCUGAAAGAGGUGGGACUGCAGGACUGUGGAGUGCAAAUGAAUGUUCCCAAUCAAAUUAGAAUGGAAAACAGAGAGUCAGAAGAAGAAUCUGAGAGAAAUGAGAAGCAAAAUCAGAGUUCAUGGACUAAGGAGUCAUUCACUCUAGCAGAGGACACAGAAAGGGCUCACUCUACUCUUGAUGAUAUUUUAGAAAGAAUGCUCCAUGCAGUUCCUGGAGACGAGGAGAUACAAGAACAACCUCGGGGACACACUCUUGGGGCUGCAAGCCUGCAGGAUCCAGAAGAUACUGGAAGGAAGAAUGGAGUAGAGGAAAGAGGAGCUGGGGCUGGAAGCAGAGCGCCAGAAAGCUGUGCAGGGACUUCAGCAGACAAACAUCCCAAAGAUCAGACAUCCCACUUGCAGCAGCAGCAGCUGUCUUCAGCUUCGGCCUUCAGGAUAAUUGUUUUGGAUGAGAACUCUCUCUGUGAUUAAAAUGGAUAAUGAAUAAGUUCUAACCCAUCAUAUGCUUACUGCUGUUUGUUCAGCCUCUGAAUUGCAGGGGUUUUUUUGCCACAUAAACAAUUGUAAAGCCCAGACUUCUUUUAACUGCAGCAGCAAGUACAGAAGAAAAUCUGAUGUUCUAUGUUAUAAUACUGUUUGUACUGGUUUUAUGCCAUCACUGCAGUAUCAAUAUCACAAGCAGUACCAAUAUUGCAGAACUGAAGUGUUUUCCCAAUAUCACAUCCUUGUGAACCUGCUACGUGGUGGUUUUUCUCCUGCACGUGCCCAUUUUCAUAAGCACAAUAAUUUUGUUGCAUUAUGCAGUUUUUGGUGUUGCAAACAGAAUGAUUGGAAUUCUGUGGGCUGCUGGUGCUGCUCAGGCACUGGAAUUUUUCCAUACUGGAGUGUGGAGCACUUUUACAGCCCAUGUAGUGUGUGUUUUUCCUUGCUCAUUAAAUUUAACAAGGUAAUUUCUUGUUUUCUCUUUACUUAGUGCUUUUGUGAUCUAGUGUUGAACUGAUUUGACUGAUUAAGGGGAUUAAUUGCUGUGCAAAAAGCUAAUGAGGAAAAAAGCAGUGUUCUCCAGAGAUUGCAAGUGCAGCAAUAUGUUCCCUGCCAGCAUUAGACAAGAAUAUGAGAAAAUGUGGAAAAGAUACCUGUUGUUUAAUUCAACCACGUUUUUGGUAGGAUGGAUUAAAAAAAAUGAACAUAAUUGAGCUUUGGAUUAAGAUAUUGAUGGGCACAGCAACUUCAUAUUUGAUAAAUAUGACUUCAUAUAUGAUAAAUUCUGUUCACCUGCAGGAGGGAGGAUUGUCCUGUUCCCUGUCUAACACACACAGGGAUUUUAGCUGGUUUUGUACAUCUGGGUGUGCCACGUUUGCCUCUUCACUCCUGUUUUUGUAAAGAAAUGCUCCCCAUCUGUAACUGUUUGUUAAUUUGGUUUAACAACACUAAUAAAAGUUUCCAAGUUAUUGUGC